GCGGCGGUGGUGGCGGCGGCGGUGGCGGCGGCGGCGGCGGCGGCGGUGAAUCGUGAAUCGAAAAAUAGUAGUGGCGCUGAAAAAGAGAAAGACGGGAAGUGAGAAGGGAGGGAAGGAGAGAAAAAAGUGUAGUGACCGGGUGAAAAGGGACGGAAGCUGUUUGUCUCGUGGAAAGAAGACGCUUGCUUACUACGGUGGUAUUAUUGGUAACUGGGAGGGAGAGCGGCGACGUUGCGGCGGCGUGAAAGACUAACGAAAUAUGAGCGCUCGAGUGUUGAAUCCGGUGAUGAUGACGGAAAUGAGCAGGAAUUUGGGUGGAGGACGAACGGUGCCGAGCAGAGCAGCCCUUGCCCGUGUUCGAAGGGACCUGUUCGGCCCGGUGGACCACGCUGCGGCACGCGCGUUAGCGGAACGGGAGUUGCGCGCUCAAUCGGUACUCGACGCCGAACGAUGGGGAUUCGACUUUCACUUGGAGAUACCGACGUCCAAUUCGAGGUACGAGUGGGAGCUGGUUACACCGCAGGACGUGGUGCCUGAACCCUAUGCACUGCGAGGUAUGCCCUACUUGAGGAAACACGCGCCAAGCACGCCUCGGAAACUACGAGAUUCCUCGCCCACCUCCGCCAGAUUCCUCCGUAAGGAUCCUUCGUCCGGAUCUCCGAAGGUGACUCCGGUCCUGUCGGCGACGGAACGGACGCCUCCGCAGGAGCCGAGAGUACCGCAGAUCGGCGAGAUCACCGCCAGCGAUCUCUUCGACUUCGACUCGGACAAGAAAGUGUAUAUCGCCGAACCUACUACCCCUGUUUUAUCAACCUCUGCAACGAGGAAACAGUCCUCCAUAACCGACUUUAUGAAGAGUCGUAAACGUAGCCUAAACGGUAGCGCGAAGAGCAUGAUAGAGCCGCCGGAGAAGAUGGCUCGCAACGCGGGUCAGAUACGCAGCUAAAAGCCUUCCAGCUUCCUCCUUCAGCCUCGCUGUCUUCUUCCAUCUGUUUGGAGCGCGCGAGUGCGACCGGAAAACACGAAGCAUCACUGCCAGGAGGAACGAGAAAGGCAGAAGCUCUGGCAGGAGGCGCGAGGUCCGUUGGCUGUGCCAUUCACGUAGAUUUAUCCGCCAUGAAUAUAUAGGCGAAUAUGGUGGGGAAAAUUAAAAAAAAAAAAAAAA